UAGAGGAUGUGUUAUAUGGGUGCAUUGAUAUAAUAUACUUGACAUUAUCCUUUGUGUAGUGUGUAUAAAAAUAUGAGUAGAUGCGCAGAAGGAUUGAUUUUCAGGUUCUUGCUCACUUUUGAGUUGUUCUUCGUUGAGAAAUUUUUUGUCUCGCACUCGCGCGUGCCGGCUGACAUGGAAAUGUAUUUACAUACAAAUAUAUAGAAUGUUUAGGUUCUUAUGUGUAUGUUGUUUGAGGAUGGACUCGAUAUCAAUCCAAUUUACUUUCAACACCUUUUUAAUAAAGAUUUUUUUAAAGUCACCAAUGCAAUGAACUCAGUUCGUAACUGAAUCGAUUUUGUUUUUUAUUUACCUAUACCUACAUUAUUAGGAAACAAAAAUAAGGCAGCAUUAAUAACUUAUAAGUUACUUUUUUUUAAACCUUGAAAUUAAUUUUUCAAUUAUGUAAUCAAAGUUUAGGGAAGUUUUCAAAAAUAAUUUUCAAGCUCAACACUUGGAAAAAAAAAAUGAUCUAUUUUUUCAAACUGAUAUUUUAUUUAUAAAUUCAGAUAGGCAUUAGCUACUUUUUUGCUUCUGUUUCCUCAGUAGGUGUAAUUUUAAAAACUUUUUUUUUGCUAAGGAAACAUACUGAGCAUCUUUACCUAUUCAAAACUAUUUCUAUAAAUACCAUCAAGUGCAUUCUAACCACAAAUACACUUAUAUAACCCUUUACCCAUUCCCCCGCGAAAAUAUAACUAUUAUACCUACAAACCUACAAAAAAAAACCGAAUCCGCAACAUAAGCCUAGUACGCAGAUCGCGCUAAAAUUUAUCUUUCAUACAAAUUUCCUCCAAAGAUAAAUUUUAGCGAGGAUUUUUAUCUUGGCAGUACGCAGUUCACGCGCUAAAUUCAAACUAUCAUCUAGUACUUUUAUCAAAAAGUCUCCACAUAAUUUAGCGAGCGAAAUAAUGCUCGGCACAUUUUUUCCAAGAUAAAUUUUGACGUUUCACGUUUGUGUUUUGUUUUCGCGGUAUAAAAAAAAAAAAAAAAAAAACAAAUAAAAGAAAUAAAAGAAAUAUGGAGUUUCUAGUCGAAUAUUUAGAUGAAUUAAAUCCAGAAGAGGUGCCACAAAAGAAAGGCAAAGAAAAAAAAACUAAAAAGCAAUUCAAUUUCGAAGAAAAAAAAGAACUGUGCAGGUUGGUGGAAUUACAUCCCGCCAUAUGGAAGCUUCAGCACAAGGGACAUAGCAACACCGAGGAGGUAAACUCUAACUGGCGCUCUAUAGCCGGAGAAAUGUGCAAAACAAUAGAAGAAUGCAGAGUUGCAUGGAAGUCACUUCGCGACAGUUUGCGAUAUCAUUCAGUGGCAAAAAAGAAACAAAAAUCGGGAAGCGCAGCCAAUGCCGAUUUAAAUGAAGAAAAUUUAUCUGAGGAAAGCUGUAUUGAUUGGGAGUUUGCAGAAUAUUUGUCAUUUUUGACACCUAUCUCCUCCAAACGCAAAACAUUUUCCAGCACUCAUGAAGUGGAAGUGGUUGAUGGUGACCACCAAGAUAAUCAAAUGGAGAAUGAAACAUCGACUUCGAGCUACUCAUUUAGUCCUAAGCCGCAGAAAAAGGACACAAUGAUUGAAAAUGUUUCAGCUUUAACUCAAACAGUGACAGAUCUGAUUAAUAUGCGCAAAAAUGAGGUUCCAAAUACUCAGCCGUUAACCCAUUUCACUCUUUUGGCCAACCUUGAUCGCAUCUUAAAAGAGUUGCCAAAUGAUGUUGUGGAGGAGUUGGGUUUGAACUUUCAGCAACAGGCGUUUGCUGAACUUCGAAAGUUAAGACGAUCUGGGUCUUAAAUCGUUAUCGUUAUGGUUAUUUGUAGAAAUGUGUUCUUUAAUAAUAAGUAUUUCU